AUGUCAAAACAAACUAAAUUAUUUGAUAUACAUCCAAAGGAAAUUUCAAAGCAAAAGAUAAAUGAAUUGGUUUUUGAGUAUAUUGUAAGUGAGAUGCGUCCACUUGUAACCUGUGAAAAACCAAGUUUUCGUAAAUUAAUUCUGGGACUCACUCAAUCAAAUGAUGAAACAAUUUUGCCAAAUAGAAAGCAAAUAUCAAAACAGCUAACAACAAAUUACAAUGCAUAUGUAUUAAUGCUAACUAAUGUGAUUGAAAAACAAAAUUAUAUCUGCACAACAGCUGAUAUUUGGAGUGGGAAUAACAAAAGUUACAUGGGUAUGUAUGAUAUUUACAUAGAUAUUUUAAACCAAUACCCUAUUAUUAAAGAAGUAUUCCUCAAAUAUAACACUACAAUUCCCUCCUCGGCACCAGUUGAGAGGUUAUUUAGUAAGGUAAUACAAGUUUUAAUACCUAGGCGUAAUAGGUUAAAUUAUAAAACGUUUGAUAUGAUUUUAUGCUGUAGAUCAAAUAUAGUUUGA